UGGAUAGGGACGCACACACUCACUCGUUGUCAUCACUCAUCAGAUCGAGCAUCCAAUCCAGAAAAACCAGAGGAAUCCGCAUGUGAGCAAUGGAGGCGGCGAAGGAGAGGCGGGAGCGGAAGGCCGCCGGCGCCGGCGAGGGCGGCGACUCGGUGCAGCUGCCGACGGAGACGAGCCCGUACGUGCAGUACAAAAAGGACGACGGCCUGGAGGACUACAAGAUGCGGGCCUACGGCGCGCAGGGCCACCUCCCCGUCUCCGACGUCUCCCACGGCUCCGGCACCGACGCGCCCACCAUCCCCGGCACCGCGUUCCCGACUGAGCACCUGAACCUGCACGGGCGCCAGCAGCCGCAGCGGGGUGCCCAGGGAGGAGGCGCUGGCGUUCGCCGCACCGACGACGACGAGGCUGCCACCGACACCAUCAACCGCCACGGCGUGCCGUAGUUCAUGGCUAGGCUGUCUUGCUAGCUCGAGGAGGUUAUCCACGUAGUGCUCAGUGCGCGUGUGGAAAAAUGAAUAAAGUUGGUACUGUAAAAGCGCUGGCAAAGCAUCUCUUCAACAUAAUGUAAUAGUUUUCGUCCAAAAAAAUAGAGUCAAAUACAUCGUGGGUGC